AGCGAACAAACGUUUUUGGCCAUCAUUCCACGGCAAGCAAGCAAAGCGAAGAAAUGCAAUAAAUAGUUCUGUUUUGAAAUUGCAACGGUAAAAUAGUGUGCUUUAAAGAACAAAAAAAAAAUCAAAAGAGUAAAAGAAAAAAAAAUUACAUUGUGUUCGGACUAUUUUUAAAAAAAAUUGUUUUUAAAAGAAUAAUAAAAACAACGAAACUCUCUUUACAAACAAGUGUGGUACAGUUGUCAAGCAAGUCAUUGUAACGUCAACACGCAUUUCUGUUUUUUCGUUUUGUUGGUACUUUGAACCAGUUUCCCAAUGGAAUCCAAAUCCGACUUAAGCUCCUCGGAACUCCCACAAGAUCAAAUCUACUGCUAUGGCGAACUGCUGCACACCGUACAAAUGGCCCAUCUCUUUGCGGACUCAAAGACAUUUGUCGAUCGCAAACUCAAGAAUACCCCAGCCGAGACCAUAGCCAAUUUCCAAACGUUUAUGGCAGCGAAAAAUAACUCCCCAACCCAGGAUGAAAUACGGGAAUUCGUUGAGAACAACUUUGAUGAUCUGGGCAAAGAAUUUGUACCCUGGGAACCCACCGAUUGGGUGGAACAUCCUGCCUUUAUUGACAACAUUAACGACCCGGAUCUGAAACAGUGGGGUGUUGAUUUGAAUGCCAUUUGGAAGGAUUUGGGUCGCAAAAUGAUCGAUGAUGUCCAUGCCAAUCCUCAUUUUUAUUCCAUUAUUCCCGUCGACAAUCCUGUCAUUGUGCCGGGCGGACGUUUCAUUGAAUUCUAUUACUGGGAUUCCUAUUGGAUUAUUCGUGGUCUGCUCUACUCGCAAAUGACGCACACGGCCCGUGGCAUGUUGGAGAAUUUCAUGUCAAUUGUUCGCCGUUUUGGAUUCAUUCCCAACGGAGGUCGUAUUUACUAUGCCCAGAGAUCACAGCCUCCGCUACUGGCAGCCAUGAUCAAAUCUUAUGUGGAGUUCACAAAGGACACCCAAUUCGCUGUACAAUCGCUGGAGGUGUUGGAACAUGAGUUUGAAUAUUGGAUGAACAAUCACACGGUCCAGGCCAAGGGUUACAAUGUGUGUGCCUAUGGCGGUAUAUCGCCUGGCCCCCGCCCCGAGUCCUAUCGUGAGGAUAUUGAAACCUCCAAGGCUUUUGUGACAGAUGCCGAAAAAGAGGAACACUAUGCUGAGUUGAAAGCUGCUGCUGAAUCUGGUAUGGACUUUAGUUCACGUUGGUUCAUCAAUGACAAAGGUGAACAAACUGGAGAUUUAACCCACCUGAAGACACGGUCCAUUGUUCCGGUCGAACUGAAUGCCAUCCUGCAUUGGAAUGCCAAGAUUAUUGCCGAGUUCUAUAGGUUGGCUGGCAACAAUUCAAAGGCGGAGGAGUAUGAAAAUAAAGCGGCGAAAAUUUUGGAGGCAAUUGAGGCUGUCCACUGGAAUGAAGAAGCCGGCGUCUGGCUGGAUUAUGAUCUAAUCAACAAUAAGUCCCGUAACUAUUUUGUACCCACCAAUUUGGCACCGCUUUGGACCAUGUCCUAUAAUCUCAAUGAUACCGAGAAAAUAUCCAAAUCAGUUUUGAAAUAUAUUGAAAAAUUGGAAUUGGAUAAAUACCCGGGUGGUGUACCAAAUACCCUGUAUCGUACCGGUGAGCAGUGGGAUUUCCCCAAUGUUUGGCCACCCAUGCAAUAUUUGUUGAUCAAGGGUUUGGAGAAUUUGGGUACCCAGGAAUCGAAAGAAUUGUCCGUUAAAUGGGGUCAUCGUUGGGUGAAAUCCAACUUCCAGGCCUACAGCGAGACCAGGGCCAUGUUUGAAAAGUAUGAUGCCGAACGUUUUGGUGGCCAUGGUGGCGGCGGUGAAUAUGAUGUCCAAAAAGGUUUUGGCUGGUCCAAUGGCGUCAUUAUUGAGUUCCUUGAUAAAUAUGGUCGCAACAUUACAUUGCCCGGCAAUGGUGGCAAUGAUGGAGGAAAACUUAAAAUGUGGAGCGUAAUUGGCAUAACGGCAAUUGCAGUGAUUGCUGUUGUAGUGGGAAGGCUAUUAAUCUGAGAUAUUAUUCUUUAAGAAUUAAAAACAGAUGUCGCUCCCCGCCACCCACCUUGCACUCAGGAUGACCCAUUAAUCACAAAAGGAUGAACGACCUUUUUCCCGUUUUUUUAUGUGUUGAAAAUCUAUUUUUGUUUUUGUUGCAAUUUGUUAGUAAUUUGUUUAUAUUGUUGAUUUUUUUUUUCAAUUUUUUUUAAAGAUAUGAUUUUGAAUGGUUAUUUGCAUGACAAUUUAUGAAAUAAUUUCGCCUAAAAGAGUGCAGUAUUAUUUAAGUUAAUUUUUUUGUAUCCUUGCUCCCCCUUGACUACUUUUUUGUUCUCCAUCUUUUCUUCCCUCCCGCUGUGUAUAUUUAAAUGAAUUUUAGAUAAAUUUUAGCAUUUAAUAUUGCUACUAGUUUUUAGUUAGAAUAUUAUUAAUUGUUGUCGCCUAAGAAGUAUAAACUGCACUUGUAAAUUGAAAAAUGGAUUGCUUACAAAUUUGAUUUAAUGAAAAAAAAAAAAAACAAAAAAGAAUAGAUAAAAAUGAUUAUAAAUAAUAAAAAACAGAAUUUGUUAAACUAAUAGAAACUAUCAAUAAAUAAUUGAAUUGCUUUAAUAAAAAAAUUUCUUUUGAAAAAAAAAUCAAA